GUGAAUUUUUUUAUAUAACUUCAGAACGCGAUUUCGCUAAUGUUGAUUUUUAUGAAGGAAAACUGCAUCAUUCGUUAUUAAUUGAAUAAAAGAUGCAUUAAUAGUUUAAAAAUGGAUGAUACCAAGAAUGACACCCUGGAUCUCUCGAGGCGUGAACUAAAGAAAAUAGAGAAAGCGCCAGCAGAGGAAUCCAAUACGAUUAUUAAUUUGAUUCUUGACCAGAAUGAGUUACAGCGACUGGACAAUAUCGACACAUAUAGCCGCGUCGAAAACCUGUCAAUAUGUAACAACUUCCUGUUACGGAUGCAUGGUGUGUCUCGGCUCACAAACAUACGGAUCCUUGCCCUGAACAACAAUGGCAUCUUGCAGAUUGAGGGCCUUAAAGAUCUUAUUUAUUUGAAGGUUUUAAAAUUAGCUGGUAAUAAUAUCAAGUCAAUAGAGCAUUUGAACCACAACAUGCAUUUGGAGCACCUAGAUUUGUCUAACAACCAGAUAUCUUUCGUCGCCGAUAUAUCUUACUUGAAGAGUUUAAAGCACUUAAACUUAGAAAGGAACCGUAUAAUGGACCUCCGGCAGUGCGACCGCUACCUGCCCGCCAGCCUGGAGCACGUUGCGCUCGCGCACAACAACAUCCAGGACCUGAACGAGAUCUCCCACCUGGUGCACCUCACCCGGCUCGAAAGCUUCACCGUCCAGGGGAACCCGUGUGUUGCCAUGGCCGGGAAGGAUAAACUUGGUUUCGAUUACCGGCCCUUCGUUCUCAACUGGAUAUUGAGCGUCAAAUCAAUAGAUGGAUUUGUCGUUAGUGCUAUUGAAAGUUUGAAAGCUGAAUGGCUCUACAGCCAAGGCAAAGGCCGCCAUUACCACGCCGGCCAGCACCAGGAAUUGUGCGAAUAUCUGGCGAGCACGUGCCCUUUGACCGCCGACGCGUUGGAGACCGAGGACCAGAGGAAAUUGAGACUUAUUCUUAGCAAGGCACAACAUCAUCAACAACAGCUGAAGGACCAAAAUCACAGUCCUCUGAAGCCAAAGCUGCAGUCUCCCAGAAUGCAAUCCCGCAUAGCCUCCCGUCACAUGGGCAGAUCCCCCGACCGCCUCACGUCUAGCUACCAUGCGGCGUUGACAAAAACCGGUUCCCCGUCACAUCAGAUGUCAAUGUCCUAUUCGGGGGACAUACCGGCCGCCAUGAGUCACAGCUUCGAUUCCGGACUCGUGUACGAUAAGAGAGAGAAGACAGAAUCAGCACCAACCCCACCACCUCAACAAACCCAACAUAUAGACAGACAACCGCAAAAACCGAUGAAUCAAUCGCUCGAAGCCGCAUCCAAAAUGGUCCCCGUUCCGGAGUCGCUCAUGAGCCCCGACUACCAGGACCCGAUAUAUGAUAUUCAGAAGACAAUAACUAAGCCGGGGAACAACUCUGUUCACAGCGUCUCCAAUACUUCGUCACAGUCCAGCAACAGCAGCAUACAAGAAGAGAAACCACACCGUCAGAUAACCCAACCGACAAACAUACACAAAAAUCUAAAAGGUUCGCCAAAACUGACAAAAAGCGCAACGUCCUCGCCCAAAAUGAAAUCAAGGUUGGAACAGCGCAAAGGCAGCCUGUCGAGCGUCAAGAACGAGGAAAGAAAGGUGAACGGUGUGAAAAAUGAUGACAACACCACAGACAAUAUAGAUCCGGAUAAGCUGGAGAUAAUAAAGUUGGCGUCGAAUCAGAGGCGGCAGAAAAAAAUGAGUGUCGAAUCUAUGGCGGCGGUGACGAUUCAGAAGAUGUGGAGGGGGUACAGGAGCAGGAAUUUGAAUAAGGACACGUUGAGGAUUUUGCACGCGAUCCAAGCGGCGAGAGCGAGACAGCAUAUACAACGAUUGACGUGCGACAUGGAGGCGACAAAAGCGGCGCUAGAAAGCGAGAGGAAGAUACAACAGCUACAAAUGCAAGCCAUCAAUGCGCUGUGGAAGAAAGUCUCCACUUUACAGGCGUCUGACAGUCAAAAACGGCGCAGUUCGGAAAGCGAAGAAAACUCGGAAGCGGUGCGACAACUGAGCGCGACAUGUUGCGCGCUGCAGUCGCAAGUCGCGGCGUUAAACGGUUGCGUGCGCGACUUGUUGCGAAUGUCCUCGCCGCGGUCAGACAUCGCGCGAGCCACGCAGACUGAUAUCUCGUGUGUUACUGUGGAACAGGAGGAACGCUGCAGUUGGUUGCGGCGGCCCCAGUCUCUAGCGUUGCCCGCGGUGACCUCUUCUGACUCUCAAUCGCGGCCUGACCUCGCUGACUCGCCCGCCACUGACUCACACGACAAAACGAUGAACAAUGAAAUAGCCGAAUUGAACAUAGAGCGAACGGAAUCUGUCAUAGAAGACAAAACCGAGCCAAGCAUAGACAAUCCAGAGAGCAUAGACGAACAACCGAAGCGAGACGUCAUCGUCGACUGAUGACGAUAUGAACGUUAACGGAGCGUUAUCUCCCGCUGAUAACGGUUCGAACGUUAACAAAGCAAUAUUGUCGACUGAUAACGCUCCAAUCUUUAUCGUAACGUAACCGUCGACUAAUAACGCUCGCAACGUUAAGAAAUGUUUUCGCCGACUAAUAACGGUACUAUCCUUAAUGAAACGUUACUGUCGACUGAUAACGAUACGAACGUUAAUGAAACGUUAUUGUCGACUGAUAACGUAACGUUAAAACCUAAAUCUUUUGAACGUUAUGCCGUCUAUUAUAAAACGUAAUGUUAAAACCGAACUGUAUUGAACUUUAUGUAGUCGACGCAGGGCCCGAUAUAGCAAAGCUUAACGUGUGGCUUUAAUGAUUAUGUUGAGCAAAGAAUUCAACAUGGCUUUAUAAAUUUGAAAGUCAUCGGUACAAUUAUAAAGCAGUAAUUAUUUGGAAUUUUUCUAAUAAAAUGUAUUUGCACUUAAUUUUAACCGCAUUUUGCAAAGUUUAAUAUCCAAAACUGGUUUUUUUUUCUUAUUAUUAAUCUUGAUGUAAGUAAACUGUACAUCAGUCUUAAGACAACAAGAGAUUAAGCGAACGUAGUCCACUUUACCAGGAACCACACGGGAUUAUAGAUCUUAUUCACUCGUAAUUAAGAUCAUUUUAAAUUCAAAACAUCACAAAUUUUAGUUUAUAAUUGUAAUAUUCCAAAAACAAGUUGUAUUAGUAUUAAGAACUAAUAUUUUAAUUUAAUUUAUAAGUUAUUUAUUUUAGCUCUCCUUAUUGUAUAGAUUUGUAAUUUUUAUUUAUUUAUAGGAAGACAAAUAACUUAUACCAAUGUAAUAGAAACCAAAUCUGGAAAAAUAUCACAUUUACGUGGAAUGUUAAAAAUCAUUUUGCCUUUCAGAUAAAAUAUAAAAGAAAUAAUCAUAGAAUUACAUACAUAUAAAACCACCAUAGAAAUAUUUAUAACAGAUACUGCAUUUAAAUCCUAAAUAAAAAUAUACUCUUAAUGGGCAGCUAUUGAUAUAGCAAACUUCAGUAGGAUUUAUUAAGUUGACACUUUUUUCCAAAGAAUUAUUAUAAGAUAUCGUGGAUCUAAAAACUAGUAUUAUUAAUAUAAAAUGAUUUAAAAAAUUGGUGUUAAUUGUUGUUCAUAGCAUUAAAUUGCUGAUGAUGAUGACUGUAGAAUAAAAUAAAGAAAUACUAACAUGGGAAUGUAGAAAUUAUAUACGAGCUUGCUUUGGCUUAAAAAUCUACAUAUUAAUUGCGUCACAAUAUUUUAUGAAUAAAAGACACUAUAUGUAUAGGUAAUUAAAACUGUAUGUAUAAAAGAGAAAAGUGAUUGAUUGAACCGGAACAGCUGUCGAAAUUCGAUGAUAUAUUUGGCUUAAUUAAGACGUUGUAGGUAAAGAAGGAUUUCUCGCAAUGCCCACGAAAGUGAACCUUGAGAAAAAAUUUGCAAUUUAAUCACACUGAUACCAGUUUAAUAUGAUAGAAGUCACGAAAUUUUAGGAUGACCUCAUUGUACAGACGGCUCAGAAGAUACCUGCGCCACCUCCGAAGCACCGAUUAUAAGGCUAAGUGGUACAUCUAUCUCCUGCGUCCACUGUACAAUAGUUGACACAAUAGCAAGGUACUAUAUGGUGCGGGCACGGCACCUAGAUUCAAUUCCCAGCGCAGAUAUUCGAAUCUUUAUAAUGGUUCUGAGGAAUGUGCUCCAUAGUUCGUUUUAGAUGUGAAUGUGCAAUGUGGACCGUUGGAUGUUGCUAAUUUAUUUUAUUUACUUACUAUAAUUCAGUUUAAAUAAAAUUAAGUAUAACUAGAAUAUAAGUAAUGAAAAAUAUUACAAUUAUUUCAAGUAUGUAUUUCACGAAACCAAAUAGUUUAAUAAUGUAUUUUCUUUCGCAUUUUGUACACAUAUUUUUAGUAAGUAUAACACUAAUCACUGCCGUACUGAUAUAUUUAAUACUGUAUUAAUAAGAUAUUUCAAAUGUACAUACAUAAUAUAUUGAAACAGAAUUAUCGGUCUGUGUGUGAAACAGAAUUUUAAUUUCGAAAGUUGACCUUUACAUAGGACCUUAUUGAUGUGCCUAUUGAUACACCGAGAAUCAAUUCUUCUCACGAUAAUAAAAACACACUGGAAGUCACUUGUUAAAAAUCAGAAAGGUAUAAACAAAGUUUUCUUCUCCCGACUGUCUCUUUUUAUUACACGAAUUAGGAAGAGAUAGAGGGGAAUAUAAAAAAUCCAUCUCUUUCUAAUUGACGUAUUUAAAAUAAGAUAGAACAAAAGAAUGCCAUUCCAGCCUUUUGGCUUCCAGGUUGUAUGUCCUUCCGUAACAUCUUGUCAACGUAAAAUGAAAUUAUCCUAUAUAAAUAGGCCUGUCGAUAUUGUGACCUUGGUAAUAUAACCAACCUGGCAAACUAACUCAAAAAUAUCAAAUAACUUAAUUCUUACUACUGGUAUUUUUUAUUUUACUGGUAUUUUUGUGGGUUUUAGUUGAAUAACCCAUAUUUAUUUUAAAACUUUAGCGUUGCAUUAUACCAUUUAUCAAUAAUACGGGUAUUACACAUGGUCCGAGCGAAUGACUUGCUCGGUGACCACGGAUCAUAGUAACAUGAUUCGAAACGUCCGAGAUAAAGGUACGUUACGCGCGUGCGCGUUUAAUACCUGUAGUAUUUAUAAAUAGUAUAAUACUUAUUGAUAAGCUUAAUUUGACCACGACCAACCUACACCACCUUCACAAAUUUAUAUUAUAUGCCUUAGUAAACGAUCACAUUUUAUUUUUAAGUUUAGCAAUAGUUUUAUGUAAAUCACAUGUAUGUAUUUUAGAAUCUCUUACUCUUGAAUUUUUUUAACAAUUUUAUUUUAAUAAUUCUUAUCCGAAGGGAAAAAAUAUAUAAUCUGCUUUUAUUCAUGACAAUUUGUUUUUUAAGUACAAUAUGGACAUCGAAUAUGGCGGCUAAGAGUAAAAUGGCUGACCGCUUAUGAUAAAUAUCCGUUACUUUUUAGGGAAUUCAAAUUGUUUUGUUGAAAUACUGUUUUACAUGGAUUGGUGAAAAAAUUAGGCCGCACAUCCUUGUUGAUAGCUUCAAAUCAUCGUAAUAAUAUAUUCUCGAGUAAAUAUCUUAUUGAGAGACCGAAAGAAGUCACCUAUUUUUCACCUCCUUUAAAACCGUACUAUAGCUAAUAAUAAUAUAUUGCUAUGUUCUAGUCAUUUUUAAUAAUUCAUGACAUUCAGCUGUCUAUAACACUUGUAAGCUAUUUUUUUAACAUAUUAUCUUAUUUUGUUAUUUAUUAAAUUAAGCAUCUUACAUGACAUUUUCGUUCGGUUAAAGGCGUUUUCACACAAGCCGCAAACUUACCAAAGAGCGACUCAAGAAAUCGUUAUUAAACUGAAUAAAUCACUUUGCAAACGAUUUUUUACUAUGCUUUAUUUGCUUACGGUUGCCUGGCAGUGAUUGCUUCAAGAAUUACGGUCACCUUUUGUAGCUUAAGAGCCAUUUUACAUUUUUCAGCGGCGCACAAUUUUGCGUCUUACAUUUGUAGUAUUGUAUUUGGGGUUUUAGUACGGUCAACGUCAUAACCUACCCAAAUUCACCUCUUAAUAGAUGCUUCGUGCAGGGUAAAUUGACAUGCGGACUGUACGUGUGAAGACAGCCUUAUUUUUGCGACAAAACGCGACGGGGGCGUUUUUUUGAUCUGUUGUAUUAUGUAGCUUUACAAGAAUUCUAGCUAUUGAAAAGGCUAUUGUAAAAUAAGUGUAAGUCACUCCUGAGAAAGAUUAGAACAACAAUUAUCCUCAUAAAAAUUCAGACAUUCAUUCAAAUCAUUCAAUUCGCGCACAUACUCUUUUGAAUGCUUAGACUUUUAAUUAUUGAUAUAAUUUCUACAACGUUAAAGUUUAUUUUAAAGAGCUCUCAGGCGGGUGCUAGCAUCCAAUUGAAAAACAUAAUUAAGUCACAAAAUUGUUAAUGUAUUGACUUGUCAAGUCACAGAUAUAGUGGGACAAAGAAUAUUAAAACUAGUGACUAUUAAGAGAUUUGUUUAUUUGUAUUAGUGCCCGAAUGAAAAUGGUUAACAUUGGUGGCAGAUUACGAGAUGGAGACGCGAGCGUUCUCUUAGGUCUAAGGCUAAUUGAUUGAUGCGACAUCUAGGCUUAAUUUAAAAAAAAUAAGUUACGUUGCAAACAAUGUAGAUGGCGCUGUGCAAACUUAUUCGUAAUGAAGCGUAGGCACAAAUAUGAAUCACAGAAACAGGCAUAAGCAUGUAUAAUAAGUGCCAAAAACAUAUAGAAAAUUGUUAAACACUGAAGCGAGUAUCGCAGGAACAAAAUUAGUCCAAUCACGUUACGUGCGCUAAAAUCAUAAGCCGAUGUUGGUGUAUUUGACACAGCUUUGCUUCAAUAAGCUAUCUUGUAGUAUAUUGGUUCUUACACACGAUGUGUUAAAUGCUUCACAAGUAGGUAACUCAUUUAUUUAUUGAUGUCGUGUUUAGACUUUAAAUGUUUUCUUGUUUCGCACGAAGUAAAUAAUCGUAAUGCUUAAAAAGACAUUGGCGAUGGAUUUGAAUUGGUAUAAAUAUUGACAUGAACUGAGCUCGAUUCUGAUACUCCUAGAUCGUACGGACAGACCCUGGACUCCUUACCAGAUAUGACGCUACCGGAGCAAACCCUAGAAAAAUGUUUGUCAGGAAAUCAUGCAGGCUAUCGUAGUCAGAGCUCAGUUCAAAUUAUUUUUUGAAAUGGCAAGGUUUGAAAGACACUGUAAAUGACACUAAAUAUUAUAAUAUUAAUGUUAUGUGUAAUUAAAUAUUAUCAUAUUCGGGGACAUCUAACCAUUUUCAACUAUGGAUAAAUGUCACUAAUAUUAACAUUGUUACAGCUCCUGAGAAUCUUUAUUCGAACGUUGAGAAGUCAUAUUUCUUAUCUACUCUCUCUUUCUUUCAUUUGAUAAACUUCAAAAUUAGAGGGCGAGGGAAGGUAAGACAUGUAAAAGUUCUGGAAUAAUAAUACUGAUUAAAUAUAGUAAGAAAAUACUUGUCUUAAGUUUGAUACUCUGGCUGUGCAUGUUUAUCCGGAAGUUUCCUAAAAAUUAUUAUAUUCAAUGCCGCCUUUAUGCUCUAAUUGUAAUGAAUUUCAAACAUAAUAAUCUUAGGGGCUGUAACAACUGAUUCCAUUUGCCGUCCUUCACAAACUUUGCGUACCCACCUUAUUUGUUGUGUAUUACGUUAAAGCCUGUAUUU